AUGGGACGACCAGAUUUUCGUGGUGGCAGAGGCGGCGGCGGAGGACGUGGACGAGGCGGUGGCGACCGUGGCGGUUUUCGUGGUGGACGAGGUGGUGGUCGAGGUGGCCCACGAGGUGGUGGAGUUCGUGGUGGAGGUGGACGUGGCCGGGGCGGAGGUCGAGGUGGUGGUGGCCGAGGUGGUGGUGCUGGUGGACGAAAGAUCGUCGUUGAACCACAUCGCCAUCCAGGUGUAUUUAUCGCUCGAUCCAAAGAUGAUGACAUGUUGUUGACACGAAAUAUGGUCGUGGGAGAAAGUGUUUAUGGUGAAAAACGUGUCAGUGUUGAUGGUGAAAAUCAAGAAAAAAUUGAAUAUCGUGUGUGGAAUCCAUUUCGAUCGAAGUUAGGUGCUGCUAUUCUUAGUGGUGUUGACAAUGUUCAUAUGCCACCUGGUUCAAGAGUACUUUACCUUGGUGCAGCUAAUGGUACAACUGUAUCUCAUGUUUCCGAUAUUGUUGGACCUGAAGGUCUCGUUUAUGCAGUCGAAUUCUCUCAUCGAUCGGGUCGUGAUUUGUUAAAUGUUGCUAAAAAACGAACGAAUAUUAUUCCAAUUAUUGAAGAUGCUCGUCAUCCACACAAAUACCGCAUAUUGAUUGGUAUGGUCGAUACCAUCUUCGCUGAUGUUGCUCAACCCGAUCAAGCACGUAUUGUGGCAUUGAACGCGCAUCACUUUCUUAAAAACAAUGGAAAUUUCGUUAUUUCAAUUAAAGCAAGUUGCAUUGAUUCAACAGCUCAGCCUGAAGCUGUGUUUGCUGAUGAGGUUAAGAAACUUCAAAGUGAAAAACUUAAACCCAAAGAGCAAAUCACACUUGAACCAUACGAACGUGACCACGCCGUUGUCGUUGGUGUUUACAAACCAAUUGGAAAGAGCAAAACGAAAGAAGAAAAUAAUACAAAAGAAGAUAUGGAAGACUAA